AUGUUAAAAGACUCAAAAUUGCUUAUUUCAGAAAAUAUUGCAAUAUCAAAUCUUGAUGUAUUAAACGGACAAAUAUUUAUACCUAUAGAUAGAACAUCUAAGCCUGGAAUUCCAGCAUCUCUUAAUACUGUAAUAAAGAAAACCGGGAAUUUCCUUCUUAAACCAUUUCCUAACCUACGCAUGAAUAGAAUUGGCGAUUGUAACAGCAUUCAAUCUGCAAUCAGCGUGAACAUUGACCCUAAUACGAAUCUAAUAUGGAUUAUAGACGAAGGAGUUGUAAAUAAGGUCCGUUUUUUGCGUCGAAAACUAAUAACUUUUGAUAUCAGAACGAGACGAGAAGUAUUUCGGCAUAUAUUUCCCGAAUCCGUUAUAUCUGAAUCAUUAAAGCUCUUUGAUCUAACUUUGGAUAGAGAGCAAGAUUUAACUAGGUAUGCCUAUAUUGUUGAUUCUCUUUCAUUUAAACUGAUUGUUUUAGAUACAAUAACAAACAAAUCUAGGUGGUUUUCACAUCCUUCAAUGGAGGCCGAAGAAAGUGCUGGAAAUAUUACUAUAAACGGUGAAACUAUCUUUAGCAGAGGAGGAAUAAACAGCAUUUCUAUUUCAUCGGACUUCAAAUUCGUUUAUUAUUUCUCUGUUGCUAGUUUCAAAACAUGGCAAAUUCCUACAAGUAUACUGAGAGAUUGUUCAUCCGACAAUAACACAUUUGCUGCAAAUGUCAGAAUGGUUGGUAUUCGUCAACACCAUGCGGUAAGUUUGACUUCCGGAACAAGAAGCUUCUUUUUCCCUGCUGUUCCAACCACUGCCUUGAAUUGGGUUUUUGGGAUGCAUAUAGAUAACGGAUAUUUAUUCUUCAUCACAAAUAAGUUAUAUAAAAUCCGUCUCGAAACCAUGGACUUUUCAGGCAACGAUGGACCAAAUUUUUCCCUUCAGAAGAUCUUUGUUGGGGAAGGUAGCUAUUUGCUAGGAAAAUAA